AACUGGCAAAAGUCUCACUCUCAAAUUAUUUUUUUUUUUUUAAAGGAUAAAAACACGGUCACAGUCUCACAGGCUUUCGCAGAUGUAAAGAAGCCAUCUUUGAUCUUCACAAGUCCCAACUAAAACUAUACGGCAGUCGGGCCGUGAAAAACCGUUAAGAAUCGACGUUGCCGGCUCCAAAGCUCGGGACUUUCGAUUCGAUUUCACAAGCUGAGGAAGAACCCAGAUUGGAAGAGAGAGAGAGAGAGAGAGAGAGAGAGAGAGAGAGAGAGAGAUGGCGAUGAGUCCGGCAGUGUUGAAGGCGGGGCUGGUGAUAGUUGGGGUUUGCAUAGCCGGGUACAUAGUGGGCCCACCUCUCUACUGGCACUUCAUGGAGGGCUUAGCUGCCGUCUCCCACUCUUCAUCUUCUUCUUCCUUAUCUUCUUGCCCUCCUUGCACCUGUGAUUGCUCUUCUCAGCCUCUCCUCUCCAUCCCCAUUGGACUCAGCAACAUUUCAUUUGCAGAUUGUGCAAAGCAUGAUCCAGAGGUGAGUGAGGACACCGAGAAAAAUUUUGUGGAUCUUUUGACUGAAGAGUUGAAGCUUCGGGAAGCUGAAGCUUUAGAAAAUCAACAACUAGCUGAUAUGGCUCUGCUGGAGGCUAAGAAGAUUGCAUCCCAGUAUCAGAAGGAAGCAGACAAGUGCAAUUCAGGGAUGGAAACAUGUGAAGAAGCAAGGGAGAAAGCUGAAGCAACAUUGGAGGCACAGAGGAAACUGACAGCAACAUGGGAGCUUAGGGCUCGUCAAAGAGGAUGGAAAGAAGGGGUUACAAAUUCUAAUACUCAGACGCAAGGAAAUGUUCAGACUCUGUAGAAACCCUCUGUGGCAAUUAUGGAACAGCCAAAGGCUAAUCUUCUUCAACAUGGUACUUCCUCUCUUGGUUAGUGAUAAACUCUUACUAGGACACUCUUCUUCAACUUAAAUGGGGCAUGAUAUGCAAUCAGUUUUAUUUACCAGACUGAAUUAUUUGUAUUUACAGUUAAAAGUAUAGAGAACAUAGUUGUUAUCUAGCAUGUCAAAAGCAAUGAAUGUUGUCAAGAACCCUGAUCAUCUCAAUUCUCCACCCAAUUAUAGUUGAAUGUUCCACAUGUGAGACUGAAAGCAGGAAUUCUUCAUUAAAUAUCAGUAUGGAUGGUUGUCUAAA